AUGCCUCAUGUGGUUUCUUUGUCAAAUCAAGGGAAGUGGAAGGAAGGUGUGUUGACUGGGAACUUUGCCGAUGCUGAAUUUGGAUUCUUGGGAUCAUUCCAAGAAUUGCUGCCCGAAGGCGGCGGUUCUUCGAAAUCGGAAAAGAAUAAGAAGAAAAAGAGUGAAGAUCAUGAAAAGUCCAAGAAAAACGUAGACGUAGAUGUACAGAAGCUGGAUGACGAAAAAAAGAAGAAGAAGAGGAAAAGGAAGAAAAACACAGAGGACAAAGUAGUGGAAGAUUUGGGAGAUAAUUUGAAGAACGCGCAGAAAUCCGAGCAGACAGUUGAAAAAGAAGCAGAGCAGAAGAAGGAGACGAAGAAGAAGAAGAAGAAACGAAAGCAAGAAAAGGAAAUCAGCUCAACACCUGCCAAAAAAGUAAAGUUUUCUGCUGAGGUCACGGUGGCCGAGGCUGAAACAAGCGAAAAGGAGAAUAAUGUGACUGUGGUUGCCAAGAAAGAUGAAGAAGCAAUUCAGCGAAUUGUUAUUGAUGAUGAGGACGAAGAGAAUGUGGAAGAUUCCUCAAAACAGAAGUCAUCAUGGGAAGAUCUUUAUCUACCUGGGCCUGUGAUGAAGGCGAUAAAAGACCUGGGCUUCCAAAACCCCACAGAAAUCCAACGCCAAGUUUUACCAUUAGCGGUAAGGGAUCGAUGUGAUGUUCUGGGUGCAGCCGAAACGAAGAAGAAGAAGAAGAAGAAGAAGAAACGAAAGCAAGAAAAGGAAAUCAGCUCAACACCUGCCAAAAAAGUGAAGUUUUCUGCUGAGGUCACGGUGGCCGAGGCUGAAACAAGCGAAAAGGGGAAUAAUGUGGCUGUGGUUUCCAAGAAAGAUGAAGAAGUAAUUCAGCGAAUUGUUAUUGAUGAUGAGGACGAAGAGAAUGUGGAAGAUUCCUCAAAACAGAAGUCAUCAUGGGAAGACCUUUAUCUACCUGAGCCUGUGAUGAAGGCGAUAAAAGAUCUGGGCUUCCAAAACCCCACAGAAAUCCAACGCCAAGUUUUACCAUUAGCGGUAAGGGAUCGAUGUGAUGUUUUGGGUGCAGCCGAAACGGGCAGUGGCAAAACUCUAGCGUAUGCGAUUCCAAUGGUGGCUCGUCUCCUUGAGAUGUCCGAGCAACCGCAGUUAAGUAGAACAGGCCCAAAAGCGCUAAUAUUGGCCCCAACACGAGAGUUGGUGGUACAAGUUAUGAAACAUGUGUCAGCAAUGCUCAAAUAUACAAAUUUUAAGGUUUUUCCUAUCGUAGGUGGAUUGGCACAAGUACGACAAGCACGUAUCUUGAAAGAACGAAAGCCGGAAGUCAUAGUUGCGACACCAGGAAGACUUUGGGCUAUGAUGAAGGAAGAGGUGAAUUUGGGAAAGUUGAAAGUCGUAUUAAAAGCUCUGAAACUCUAUAUUGAUCUCCUACCUUCGUAAAA